AUGAUCACACCCAUGAAGUGGGUACGAGGUGAAACUGUUGGACAGGAAAGCUUCAGCACAGUCAAUCUUGCAAUACCCACAAGCCAGAAUCCUCAAAUUCCACCAUUGAUGGCCAUGAAAUCUUGUGAUGUUUCGCACUUUCCUCAAAUCACUGCAAUUUCAAGCCUCAAAAUAUCCUUUUAUUUUCUUCAAGAUGGUCAUGAAGAAGUAGCAAAGAUAGCUGAUUUUGGGUUGGCAAAGAAAGCCAGAGCUAAAAAAGAGAAUAAUUUAGGGUGUGAACUGAGAGAAAUGACUUUGUACAUGUUGACCGCUCUGGUGCGACAUUGUAGCGAGGGCUGCGGGUGGGACGAUAGUUGGGAGCAAUUUCUAUUUGGUUGGAGAAGAAGAAGAAUAAAGGUUGAAGAGUUUUCAGGGCUGAUUUUUGGGGAAAUUGUCAGUGUCUUAAAUGGUUGCAGGAAGACGAUGUCGUUGCAGGAUAGGGGUAAGAUCAGUUUGACAAUGUCGUUUGUGGCUGUGUGCUGGACUGUGCAUUUUGGCCAAAAACGGUGCCAUUCCACCAAAUAG